UCGCGAGAGGCUUUUUUUCAGUCACUGUCACACAGAAACUACUGACAGAAUAUAUUCGAUAGUUUUAAAUUACGUUACUCGACGUGUGUAUUAAAAUACACAAAACUGACCGUAAUAUGGAGCAAUUUGCAGUCGAUGUAAAAAACCUGUCUGAGAAGCUUCUCCACAGACAGAGCGAUUCAAAUUUAGAUGAGGUGAUUGAGUCGCUCUUCAAAGAAAUUUUAACUCUAGAUGGAGCAGCAAAACUACAGGAUUCACAGUUGGAGGAAAUCGCCAUACAGUUUUGGAACUGGGCUGUGACCAAACGUGUUGGCUCAACUAUUACAGAAGAGCAAAAGGCCAAAGUGCGUCAUGUGGCAUGCAGACUUCUGUAUUCAUGCGAGCCUGAAAACCCAUCAGAGAAUAUUGUUCGCAAGCAGAUACUGAUGGCCAGUAAAACAGGGAGAACAUGGCUUGAUUGUAAACAACCCGAACUUGCUGAUGUUUUUUUGAGCAUGGCUGUCAAUAGCCUGGAGACUCUUUACAGCAGACUAACUUCCCAUGGAGAAGAUAUAAACGCACCAAAGGGAGACAUAGAGAAAGACUUGCUGCGGGUUUUGUCUUAUCAAGCUGAAUCUGCAGUUUCUCAAGAGCAACAUCAGGAGGCAGUGUCAUGCAUACAGCGAUGUAAAGAAAUGCUUCUCCGUGUCCCUAAAGAGACUGGCUAUCUCUCUCUCAUCUGUUACAACUUUGGGGUUGACACUUACAAUCAGGGAAAGCAUGAAGAGAGCACAUUUUGGCUCAGCCAAAGUUAUGAUAUAGGCAAGAUGAAUGUGAAAUACUCGCCAGGAUCAGAGAUGCAAGCCAAAGUCUUGAGACUACUUGCAACAGUUUAUUUGGAGUGGGACUGUCAAAAGUACCUGGAGAAAGCUAUUCAUGCUGUGAGCUUGGCUAAUAAGGAGCAUAUGCAGUUGUCAGGCCUCUACCUGAAGAUCCGUAUCUUAGUGAAAAGCUGUAGCCCAGAUGAAGCAGUAAAAUCUGGGCUGUCAGAGUUACUGGACUGUGAGGUUCCACUGGAAGUGUGCUUGAGCACAGUAAAACUGCUCGUCGAAGAGAACAGGGAGGCUCUGGCUUUUGACUUCCUGAAGAGAGUUUGUCAGCACUUUGAGUCAUCUCCUGAACUGGGCUCUGCUCUGCUCAUGCAUAUAGAGCUGCUGCUGCAGCGGGACAAAGAGCUGCUGGCUAAGCAGAAGAUCGAGGAUGUUAUCACUGGACAUUACACUGGAAAACAACUAAGACCACAGACUCAAUCAUCUCUCCACCUUCUGCUGUGGGAUAGAGCUUCCAAAAACUUUGAAGCCAAGAACUAUUCUGAAGCUCUGCAGUGGUAUAACUACUCACUGAGUUUCUACAAAGAGGGUGAGUUGGAUUCCAACCUUGCUAAACUGCAAAGAAACCGAUCCUCCUGUUUCCUGCAGCUGCAACAACUUGACAAGGCCAAAGAGGCUGUAGAAGAGGCAGGAAGGAUUGAUCCAAACAACAUUUUCACACAGUUCAACAUCUACAAGAUCGCUGUCCUGAUGAACAAUCCAGAGAAAGCUGCUGUGGCUCUGAGAGAGAUUGGCGCUCUGGCUCAGACUCCAGUCACCAGUGAGGACAGACUGCUAGUGACCGAGAACGCUGCAGCAAACCUUCUCAGCCUGGCAGUGCAGAUCGCCCUCGAGCAUGAGCAGCAGGAAACAGCCAUCAAAGCCCUAGAGAGUCUGUGUGAACACUCACAAGAUGUUGCUCAAAUCCUCACUGCCUUGAGGUGUUUAGUACGACUUGUUCUUUCAACAAUGGAAAACACCAGUGAGGAAAACAGGAAUGCCAACUUGGAUACCCUCUUGUCGUACCUAAAGACAGCUCUUCAGAAAGUUUCCCAAAUCAGCCGUAUUCAAGGCCAGGGAGCGGAAGAGGCCAACUGGUUCAGGAGAAUUGCGUGGAACUCAGCUCUGCAGUGUGAGCAUAGUCCUAUGAGGAUGAGGGAUUUCUUUCUUCUCUCCUUCCAGCUGUCACAGCUGUGCGUCCCAGACCGAGCUGUGUUAAUGGGGCAGAAGACGUGUCUGCUGAUGGCUGCUGCUGCCUCUCUGGAGAUCUGCAGGAGCUCUGAUCACACUGAGCAACAGACCGAGCUGCUGACCCAGACUCUGGAGCACAUCCAGCUCUGUAAAGAGAUCUGGACAACCAUCAAAGCAUCAGGCACUUCCCCUAAAGACAAAACAGACACAUUACUGCUGCUCUAUGAGUUUGAAGCCCGGGCCAAAUUAAAUGAUGCCAAGCUUGAAUCUGUCCUUGAAUCAAUUUUGGAGCUGGAUCACAUUGAGACCAAGCUGUUAGAAAUGAUCGCAGUCCUGGCGAUGGAACCACCAGCCCAUUUCCCCGUUCUGUGUAAGAAGGCACUGAGGAUCGCCCUGUCUCUACACAGAAAACAACCACAGGCCGACCUCACACGCUGCAGUAACUGUUUACACAGCCUGAUUCAGCUGACCCUGCCGAGUGGUGUGUCCGAGGUGCAGCCCUGCGUGUUGGAGGAAGUGUGGAGCUACUAUGAGCAAGCUCUUUCCAUCAUAGCCUCUGCACCCGAGGACUUUCCAGAGCUGGAGAUCCUGUGGCUGCUGACCCGAGCGUGGAAUACAGGAAUCCUGCUGUACAGUCUGGCCCAGUAUCCCGAGGCCGAGAGGUGGUGCGGUCUGGGAAUGAGCUUCCUGCGGCACCUGGGCUCCCUGCAGGACAGCUAUCGGACUCAGGUAACACAGCAGGAGACGGAUGGGCCGCUCUACAGCUGUUUGAGCACUCGACCCAAGGCGACGGAUGUCAUUUUCAUUUUCUUCUUGCCUCAAGUCAGGUGUGCAAGCUGGGUUUUUUUUUUUUGUCACCUCAGUUGGAGGUUUAAUUAGAGCAGCAGGGGUAGUUACAGCUAUGUAGGUAAGUAGUUAAAGCAGCAUACAAUAGGGAGGUUUAGUUCAGCUAUUACAGUUUAAACGGGUCAUUUGGCAAUAAUUAAUUCAGCAUCUGAGUUCCAAGAUAAUAUUCAUUAAAAACAUUUCGCUCAUGUUGUUUGGUAAAAGAAAACGCAGCAAGGUGUGAAUAAAAUACAUGAAAUGUGACUCCCCAGAUGGCGGGCCUGUACAGUGAGGUGUUGGACAGGCUGGAUAAAGCAAAGAAGAAUCUCAUUAUUGAGGAAUGAAUGAUGGCAGCUUCAGUCGCAGAUGGAGAUCUCAGGUCUAACGGCACGUGUUUAAUAUGUAGUGUGAAUUUCUGUGCAAGCUAAGAGAUGUACAAUGCAUCUGAGGGUUUGUUCAUACAGUUAUGAUUUCAAAAAAUAGAAUUUCUUGUAUUCAUUUAAUCUGAAAUAUUUCUUUUUUUGGCAGUAUUAUUUUAUUACCUGUCAUCCGGUUAUCUGUUUGAGUUGUCCUUGGUUGACUAGUUCAAGUCAAAACAUCUGCAUUGCGAUACAAAACAAAUAAAAAUGCAUGCAUUGAAAUCGUAA